CUGAGCCUUGACCUUUGUCAAGUAACGAGAUUCGACGCUCCAGUGGAGCGUGCCAUUACCCGGUCCACAUCCAAAGACUUGACGAAAAAACAGACCCGCUCCUGCACCCACCGGUAAGGCUGUCGUGUUGUAAAACUGCCAGUUCCAGAAUAUCAGAGGUAUGUUACAUAACGCAUUAAUGGUUGACUAUGAUUUGUAGUAUCAGAAUCAUAAAAUCGUGCAAUUGUCACUUUAAAAAUAAACUGUUGACGUUUUGUCAAGUUUUAUUUUAACACUAGGUGGGUCAACCCAACCCCGUCAUUCGUAUAAACUACAGGAAGAUGUGCACAUCAAUACUAAUAAAUCCAGAUGCACAGCACUUAGAGGUGUUUUUUCGUUGUCUUCAUUGCACGCAUUGACCGUGGGCCAUGUUGCUGUUUACAAGGCCAUAAAGCCUAUAGGAUCUGUGUCCUUAUCUGGUAUUUCGGCACAAACUAUUUUGUCCGUUCUGGGUUUAUCACCAGUGCCAAGUAUUUACAGGAAGGGACAAUUUGGCACAGCCUGUUUUUGAAGGCCAAUGGUGUAAACAUUUUUUUUAUUUUGUGUGCUUUCGGUUUAUACAUGAUCAAGAGCACUACGGGAGAAGCAGCGAAUGAGAGCGCAGCACGGUGUGCAUUGAGAGCGAGGCGGGCAAGAUCCAUUCGGGAAUUAUAUGAUUGAUUAAAUUAUGUAUACAUAAAUUGUUCUGAUUGUCAGUGUGUGUUUUAAGAACAUGGCUUACAACUUUCUAUUUAAAUGCACAUUGCAAUUAUCUCUGAUUCGAGCUGUUUAAAGAGAAAGUAUUAUUUUUAAAAACAAAAUUGCUACUAAAUGAUAUUUUCUCAUUAAAAACCAUUUGACAUUUAAAUAACAUGACGCUGCUAAUCUUAAUUUAAAAGGUUAAUAAGUGGAAAUCAUUAAAACAAAGAAAGGUUAAACCUGAAAAAAGGAACGCAACUAAACAACGAACGUGUUGGCAGGAAGCCUUCGCCAGCGAAGAAACAGAAAAAAAUACAAUUAAAUUAAAAAUAUCACUUAGCUGAGCAGUAUCCAAGAGGGCAGGAAAUGAAUUGUAGGCCACACUUAAACUUUAAUAUACGUCAGUAUCGCAAUUAUUCACAUCGGAUUUUAAGUGGUGCAAUUAAUUUGAAUGAUUCCCUCCAUCCAAUCCAUCUGUGAAGUAAGGCUUCAUAUUUUGCAUCUCGUCAUCAUAUGCAUCUAAAAUAAUCUCCAAUCCAAUCUCAUAUUUGAAGUACGUUUUAAAUGGCAUCUAAACUUCAUUUUUAAAAUCUCCUACGGAUUCUCUUUGUCUCUAUUUCUCUGUAAUUUAAACUGGGAGGCCUUCCAAACGGACACUGCAGUAUCUUUGCCAUGACAUAACUCGCGUUCAACACAUCCAUACUCCAGAUUAUAGUUUUUUAUCAUUUAUAUUCAACCCCCCGACCCCCGACCCCCUCACGCCAAACAGACGAACACCAUGAUGAAGAGUUCCAUCGUCUUAACUUUGCUGAUCAGCAUCUGUGCCGUGAAUCGUGUAACGGGGGACGUCAGCUGGAUGACAGAACUAUACGCAGAAUGGAAAUUCGAAUGUUUCAACGGAACGACUUUGAAGACACUACAGUCGGCCCAGGUCAUAUCGCAACAUGACAGGCAGUGGAGCUUUUACUGUGGGGGAGUCGACUCCAAGGUCAAGAACGUUGCCUGCGAGUGGAGCGCCUAUACCAACGACUUCGGCCUGCCGUUCAACUUCCAGUGUCCCAAUGAUGGCAUUAUAACAGGUACACAUCAGUUGGACGACUUUAGGUACAUAUUUUCUUUCCGAAGCAAGGAAAAAAAAAAUUAUGCACCAAUUUUAAGGAAGAGGAAUUAUUACCACAUCUUGUCUUUUCACAAAGUUUAGCUGGGUCAUUGUGUGCUUAAUUUAUGGAAAUGCAAAAAUUGCUUUUUUUUUUCAAUUCAUAUUUUGAACUGCCUUUAACAUAAUAGCGUAACGAUCGUUUGAGCCCUUGAAUGACAGACACCAAUUUCGUUUACACAGUUGAACACCUGUAAUGUUCCACAGCGAAAGAUUCUAAAACUAUCUACCUUACGUAUAUAUUAUUUCACAGGCAUGGCAUCCUACUCCAAUGGCAACGACAGAAGGUAUCAGUUCCUCUGUUGUUUUCCGACUGGGUACGUCGCCCAUGCGUGUCAGUUCACCCCCAACAUCAACGCUCUUGGAGGCUUCAUGAACUAUCGCCGACCAGAUAACUGGUACAUCCGGGGCUUCAGUGGUGCAUGGGGGACAUCCAGCAGCGGAUACUAUGACCGUGUGUUCGGUCUGAACAUCUGCAAGCUGGACAAGCUUGUUCCUUCUAAGUGUCCAGCAUGAACUGUAUCUGUACUCUAAUCCAGGGUUUUCCCAUCUUGGUGUGUGCGAGGAGAUGUUUGGUGGAUUCCAAAAAAAAAACUAACUGUUAUAAAUAAUAAGAACAGAGCAGCCAUUGACUUAAAAAGUACGACAUAAAUAUAUUAAUGUAAUUUUUAAUGUUCUUAUUUUGAAAGAAAAAAUUCUUUAUUUAAAAAAGUAUACCUUCAUUCUUUUGUUGUUUUUUUUUUAAUGACGCUUUUUUUCUCUAAUUUUAAAAUUCCUUAUUACUUGUAUGUGGAGUGCGAGAAUGGGUGCGAUGUAUGGACACGUUUGGGGAAACACUGCCUUACGUGUUAAGUUUCUUCUGAUUAGUUAGAUGAAGUGAUUAGUUAAAUGAAGUCACAUUUCCCAGCAAAGUGUUCAGUACAAAUAUCGUGCUUCCUCUCAUUGUUUAUAGUUGAAGUUGAGCCCAGCAAAGAGUUCUAUAACAAAUAUUAUGUUCCUUUUUUGUUCAGGUUACGUUUUACAUACCAUCUCACCAUCUUGUUCUUAAGUAUAAGUAAUAGGUUCCUCUAAUUAUUCAUCACCAAUUACAUGUUCCGUCUAAUUGUUUAGUAAAGGUGAUUUUUUUUUAAAUUUGUAUAUUUGUUUGGUAUAAGUAAUAUUUUGAUGUCCUCUAAG